AUCAUUUAGACAAAAGGAAGCUUGUCAGUCUUUUCUGUACAGUCAGACAGGGGACUGCUCUAAUUAGUCUUCUUUUGAUUUACUUUAUUUUCGCCUUCUAUUAUUUUAUUAAUCCAUAUUUAUUGCUCUGUUGGAUUAUUUACACACCGUAUUGGAAAUGGCAUCCUUCCAAUAUACUGCUGAUUACCACAAUGAGGAUUACAUAUCAAGAAGAGCCAAGAUCUACAAGGUUAACUGAAGAAAAUGAAAACAUUAAAGACCGAGAGAGUAGAAGAAAGCUGUGGAGAUAUGCAUCCUGAAGCCAGUGUUGAUCAUGCAAGCACAUCUGGAAUUUCUGUCCAGUAUGUGAACAACCAAGAAGAGUUUUCAGAAGGCACUUUUGAUUCUACUGUACAGCUUUCAGUGCAGUGUGUGGAGAACCCGAGAGGCCUUCAUGGGAAAAUUGCAUAUGAUGAAAUAUUUUAUCCCAUCAAUCUCCAACCUCAGGCUGAGCCAGAUACUGAAGAUGAAGGCAUUAUAAUCAGCAUAGAAGAUGACCAAGGAGAGUAGUUUUAUUAAACUGCAAUGGAUGUGCAAUGGAUUCUCCACUUAAGAGCCAUAGAUCUAAAGUUGAAUGUCUUUGUUUAUAUGUGAAAAAAUGAAAUGAAGGAUAAAUUUUACAAAGGGAAUGAUGAUGAAGGAUGAGACUGAUUCUGCAGACUGAAUUUGGUUAAACAUUUUUAACAGAUUGAAAUAAAUAAUGUUCACCAGCACUUUAACAGAUAGGAAUGAAAUGAAGAAACACUGUUUAGUGAUGGAAGAACUGCAGCCAUAAUGACAAUUCAGGCUAAUAACAAAUAAAAAAAAACAAAAAAAAUGCUCUAAACCAGGGUUGUCCAAACGUGUUCUGGAAAACCAGUGUCCUGCUAAGUUUAGCUCCAACUUACUUCAACACACCUGCCAGUAGGACAUUUCUAGCAUAUUUAGUAAGAGGUGAAUUAGCUGGUUCAGGUGUGUUUGAUUAGGGUUGGAGCUAAACUCUCCAGGACACCAGCACUCCAGGUCUGAGUUUGGACACCCCUGCUCUAACCCAUAGGUCUGAUACACAGCUGAUGCAACUAAUCAAGGUGUUCAAGACAUUUGGAUCAGCUGUGUUUUUCCCUCCAGGAAUUGAGUUUGAGACCUAUAGUCUAAACAUUUUAAACUUUAGGAGUUUAAAAGCCAGUAUUUUCUAGAUUUGUGAUUUUUUUUUACGUUAUUGCAAUAACCAAACUAGAGCGUUAUGGUGGUGCAGUGGGUAGCACGAUCGCCUCACAGCAAGAAGGUCGCUGGUUUAAGCCCCGGCUGGAUUAGUUGGCAUUUCUGUGUGGAGUUUGCAUGUUCUCCCUUUGUUCAUAUGGGUUUCCUCCUGGUGCUAUGGUUUCCCUUACAGUCCAAAGACAUGCACAAUAGGUGAAUUGUAUAUGCUAAAUUGUCCGAAGUUUAUAUGUGUGAAUGGGAGUGUAUGGGUGUUUCCCAGUAAUGGGUUGCAGCUUGAAGGGCAUCUGCUGCGUUGAACAUAUGCUGGAUAAGUUGGCGGUUCAUUCCAUUGUGGCAACCCCUGACGAAUAAAGGGACUAAGUCAAAAAGAAAAUGAAUGAAUAACCAAACUAGGCAAGGUGGCUCAGUGUCUUCUCACCUCACAGCAAGGAAGUUGCUGUUUUGAGUCCCAGCUAGGCCAGUUGGCAUUUCUGUGUAAAAUUUGCAUGUAUUCCCCUUAUUUGCGUGGGUUUCCACUGUCCAAAGACAUGCAGUAUAGAUGAAAUAAAUAAACCAAAUUGGCCGUAGUCUGAGUGAGUGUGUGUGCAUGCGUGCGUGUGUGUGUGAAUUGACUGUGUAUGGGUGUUUUCCAAUACUAGGUUACGACUGGAAGGGCAUCCGCUGCAUAAAUCAUAUGCUGGAAUAGUUGGCAGUUCAUUACACUGUGGCGACCUCUGAAAUAGACUAAUCCAAAGGAAAAUGAAUGAAUAACCAAACUAAUGAAUUAUAAAAAGGUGAUAUUUUGACUAAACAACCUGAUAGCUAAAAGCAGCAGGUGCGAAGCAAAUUAUGGUCUGUGACCCACACUUAAAAAAAGGCUUUUUAUUGGCAUUGAUUGUUCUACAUUGAAAAUUAAUAUCUAUAUGAACAACAGGUUAUUUAUUAUGACAAAAUAUUCCUUGGAUUAUUAACAUGUUUUUUUUACAAUAAUAAAACAAAUUUUCUUUUCAGAACAAAGUUAAACUAUAUUUUGUUUGCUAUAUUAUAAAAGAUUGCAACCCCUUCCACAUAUUUAGCGAUUGAGGGCAAAAGUGAUCUCUGUUAUAGGAAAAAUAACUUAUUUGCCCUUUGUUCCAAAAUAUUAAAAGAAAAUAAUAACUGACUAUAAUGCAAUCACUAUUGUUUUUUUUUUUUGGUUAGCAUUUUGUUUUUCUGAGCAUUUUUUGCAGAGUAAAAUAAAGUAAUUUUCUUUGAUAUAUUGUAGUUUGUCAAAUGUUUUUUCCAGUAAAUCAAAUGUAGUUUUUAAUGCAUAUAUUGUAUGGUUGAAUUACACUUUUGAAUUACACUUAUUUAAAGAAUUAGUUCACCCACUAAUCAAAAUUAUUUUUAGAUAUUAUUAUACAAUAUUAUAUUUACUCACCCUCACAUGGUUUCAAAUCUUUAUGACUUUCUUUAUUCUGUUGAACACUAAAGAAAACAGAUGUCUAUUGAAGGAAAAUCAAAUACAAUGGAAGUCAAUGGGUACAAGUCUUCAGCUUCUUUAACAGAACAAAGUAAUUCAUAAAAGUUUGAAACAAGUGAAGUCCGAGUAAAUGGUUAAAGAAUUGUCAUUUCAGGCUGAACGAUCCAUUUAAAGCAAAAAUUGUAUAAAUGUUCCCUCUGGAUGUCCCAUUUGGCCAUUAUUGUAUGUCCCAUUACAACUUGGUGCAGAUACAUUAUAAAAUCAAAUCAGCAGAUUAUCAAAAAACAAAACAGGACCGGUGUCCUGCUUAGUUCCAAGUUUAGUUUCAACCCAAUUAGACACAACUGGACUAGCUAAUCAAGCUCUUAUUAUUAGGCUUUCUAGAAACAUCUGUGCAGGUGUGGUGAAGCAAGUUAGAGGCAAGAUCUGCAGAACACCGAUCCUGCAGGACCGAGUUUGGACAUCCCUGAUCUAGACAGUUCAAAAGAAUAUCAUCAUCAGCUACUAUUAAUAUACAUUUAAAAGAACCAUUUGAUAUUAUGCAUUUUGCACCCUCUUGUACACGUAUUAGGUACCUUAUAAAGUUUUGUAACCUCUUGAGGGUGAGUAAAUAAGAGUUUUUUUGGGGUUUUUUUUUCUGGUGAACUAUCCCUUAGAAGUGAUUUUAAAUGUGUUGUUGGUGCUAGACAAGCUGGUCUGAGUAUUUCAGAAACUGCUGAUCUACUACACACUACUAUCUUACAGAGAACAGUUUUAAAAAGAUUGUAAAAAAUACCCAGCUUUGUUGAUGCCAGAGGUCAGAGAAUAAACAGACUGAUUGAGACAACAGUGACUCAAAUAAUCUGUUUGUUAAAACAGAUCAGCAGAAGAGCAUCUUUGAAACACACAAAACAUCUUAUCUUGAAUACAGCAGCACACCAGUCAGUGACACCUCUGACAGAUAUAAAAAGAAAUCAUCAAUGUUGUACAAUAGACAAUUGGGGAAAGAUUUCUUAGCCAGAUGAGUCUCAAUUUCGGCAGCUACAUUUAGAUGGUAAGGGUAAAUUUUGGCGUAAACAUCAUAAAAGCAUGAAUCAAUUCUGUCUUAACCAUAUGUCACCUAAAUAGAAACAAUGGUUUUUUAAAACUGUACAUUCCUUAUUCCUGUCAUGCAAGCAAUGACUGUGAGGAAACCUAAUAUUAAGAAUAAGGCAUUAAAACUAUUACGAAGUCAUGCCACCACCUUGUGGUAACAUAAAUAUUAAUGUAUAACAUAACAUAAAUGUAAGAUGCUCAUGCAUGAGUGCAUUUAAUCAGUCCAGUUUUACUCAUAUGUGAGUAAUAAAGUCAAACUGUGGUCUGUUUCUACAUUACUUUAAUGUAAAUCAUUUUGUGUUUUUUUUCUCUUAUGAAUAUGAAACUUUAAAGGACUUUUAAUGGUUUGUCUGCAUGAAUAUUAAAUCUCAAAACCUCCUUUGUUGGAAUUUGAGUUAAUGCUACUCAAGUUGGCCACUCGUGCCUGGGGAGGACGAGGCCACAUUAGUGGUCCAGGAAUGCCACCUCUCGCUAAACCUGGCCGAUAUAUGCAAUGUCAACAAAGCUUGCUUUUUUGAUGGACCCAUAUCCCAGGCAGGCCUGUUUGGCAACUUCGUCGGGCCAGGAGUUCUCUGCAGGGCAUAAGCAGUCAAGUGCGAUGGAGCAGGUCAUCUACCAGUGGGCUCAGAAAAUGGCUCCUCCCCAGCCCCAUCCACUUUAGCCGGCUCCUUGUUCAGGGCGCCCACCUCUGGAUUCUGCUUCGUCAUCAUAGCCAGCUCCACUAGCUAAGUGGCAGCGUUGAGCCCCCAACAGAUAGAGCCCCCAAUAAGUCUGGUAAGCGGACCGAGAAACGACCCUGAGAUGGUCCACCAGGAGAAGAAAGAUAGCGCUGCCCAGUAUGUCAAGGUGGCUCAUUUGCACAAUCAAACCCAGCUUUGCAAUUCCCAAGAUCAUGGGUGUUUAUUUUACAGUAGUCAAAUCUGCAACCACCCCUUUCUUUCGUGAGAGAUUACUGUCCUCCUGGCAAAGGAUGCAAUUAAACCGGUCCCUCCAGCCAAGAGGAAUACAGUCCAUAUUUAAUUUUGCCCAAAAGAUCCUCAGAGGUGUGAGGUGAUGAAAUCCAUCCAUCCCUCUCUCCUCUCAUGUCCUUGGUAUCUCUCUGCUGCUCUAGCAGGUCAGCAGAGAGAUCUGUUAGAGUCACUCAACUCAGUUUCUUUAAGGAAUCUGUUUGUGAAGACAGCUCUGCUGGUCGCAUUGGCAUCUAUUAAGAGGGUCUGGGAUCUAGAGGCAUUUUUGGUCAGCGAACGGUGCCUGUAAUUUGGGCCAACUGACUUCUUAUCCUGAGGUCUCAGCCCGGCUAUGUGCCCAGGGUUCCUACCGGAGGACUGCUUCCUGCGGAGGAGGUAGAUCCUGUUCAUGCUCGGUGCUUUUAUGCAGAUCACACUCAGAGCUUAAGAUCCUCUAAGCAGCUCUUUAUCUGUUAUGGUGGUCGGCAGAAGAAAAGUGCCAUAUCCAAACAGCGGUUGACCCACUGGAUAGUGGAUGUCAUGACCCUCACUUAUCAGAGCUGGGCAAGCCAUGUCCCCCGAGAGUAAAAGCACACUUAACAAGAAGUUUUGCCUCCCCUUAGGCCAGGGGUGUCCAAACUUUGCAAAGAGGGCCAAAUUUGAUAAAGUGAAGAUGCCCGGGGGCCAAUAGUUCCUUCUGACAUUUUUUUCACCACAAAAGUUACAUGAAAAUAUACACGAUUAAGAACUAUUUUCAUUGUUACAAUUACCUUUAUUUUUCAAAUGGCAACAUAACCAAAUAUAAGCCACUCAGGCUUAUAAACUAUCCUGUCACAAAAUGCGGCUGAAAUCCAACACGUAGCUUGAUUAAGUUGUUUACAUGCUUACAUUCGGAGAGCAGCAUUUACAGAGGCUCUUUCAGUGCAAAAUAUUGUAGUGAUAUUAACGUACUGUAAACUUAGUAACUAAAUAAUUUUGAGUAAGAUAUGUCUUUAAAAGAGUACUGCUGACAAUAUAAAUUAACUUUGCUAUCUGAAUAAACAUACAAAGAACAUUGAUCACACAUUUAUCAAAUCCGUAGAGACAGGACAAUCAGCUCUCGGGUAAAAAAUGUUCCUUAAAAACGUAUUUAUGUUGCGUGUUAGCAGACCACUGUACUCCACACAUUUUAGUCCACACACUGCGAUCUCAUGGCGGAGAAAUAAAAACAAAACCUUCAUUGCAGCGCAUUUAUAAACACAACACUGACGACCCAUGUCUCUAAACAAUUCUUCUUCUUCCACUUCUUCCACAGGCGGAUGCUCGAGUGACGUCACUAUCGCUGUCACCGGACGGUAGCUUCGCUGCGUGUGUUUGGAGAUUAGAUUCGCAAUUUAAAUUUUUAUCAUAAAAUACCUCCUCAUUCACUAAAUAUUUAUCUCUCCUACUUAGGGUGAACAAUCCCUUAACACACUCAUACAAACAAAUCUACUUUUAAACGUUCUGUCUCUCGAGCAUCCGCCUGGUGUUUGUAGCUUUAGCCUGCUAGCACCGCUGGUCAGCUAAAGCUACCGACCUCUUUCAUUCACUUAUUUUCUCACUUACUGGCUUUGCUCUUCACCUUGUACAAUGUCGCUUGCAUGUCUGUCCUUGAGUGCAGGAGAAGCAUCGAUGGAGGCGCUGGAGCUGGAGCUGGAAGCAGUGGAGUCCCAGAUUUGCUCCCUUGAGACGAAGCGAGCAGGGCUCAGGGCUAAGCUCUUAACCCGUACUCGCUCGUCUGAGGUAAGUGUUCAAUACAAUAACAUUUUUCUUUCUUCCUCAACCCCGCGUGUUUCUCAGUCCGGCCCAGCGCACCGAGGGCGCAGCUCUCCCAGGCGUCGUUCACGCCGACACCCGGCUACCACGGCCCCUGGGUGCAGCCGCGUAAGGUGCUUACCGGGUCCCGGGGAAGAACGUCUCCUCCUCCGGUGUUCGAGAUCCCCACGGAGAACCGCUUCGCCCCUCUCCGCGAGACGGGUCGCGAUGUGGCCAUCACUGGCGACUCAAUCGUGCGCCACAUCCGCUCCGCUUCCUCCAAAGAUACCUACUAUCCUGAGCGCUGCCGAGAGCCUCGGUGCCGUCGUCCUCCACGUGGGGACGAACAACACCAGGCUCCGGCAGACGAAGAUCCUGAAGGAGGACUUCAGGAGUCUGAUCGAGACGGUUCGACGCACUUCGCCCGCCACGCAGAUCAUCGUUUCUGGACCGCUUCCUACCUACCGCCGAGGAAAUGAAAGGUUCAGUAGACUUUUUGCUCUGAAUGAAUGGCUAUUUAACAUGGUGUGAAGAACAGAAAUUGCUCUUUGCCAAUAACUGGAAUCUUUUCUGGGAGCAUCCUAGGCUUUUCCGCGCUGACGGGCUGCACCCCAGUCGAGCUGGAGCUGAACUCCUGUCGGACAACAUCUCCAGAAAACUUCGCUCUAUCUGACUAGUAAGUAAAAAUUCACAAAAUUCACAAUUUAGCCAUACAGAGUCCUAUUCGCCCCACAUAAAUAACAGUAAUGCAUACCUAGCUAACCCCAUAGAGACUGUGUAUGUUCCUCGCAUUAUUAGAUCAAGAAACAAACGUACUGUGUGCUCCAGAAAUAAUCUAUUAAGAAUUAAACCAGAAAAACCACUAAAAAGUGAAAAUACAAAUUUCAUGAAGCUUGGUCUCCUAAACAUCAGGUCACUAGCACCUAAAGCACUUAUCAUAAAUGAAAUAAUAACAGAUAACAAUCUUAAUGCACUCUGUCUCACUGAAACCUGGCUGAAACAAAAUGACUAUAUUAGUUUAAAUGAAGCAACUCCUCCAGGAUUCCUAUAUAAACAUGAGGCUCGUCAAACUGGUCGUGGUGGUGGCGUUGCAUCAAUCUUUAGUGAUAUUCUUAAUGUUAAUCAGAGAAACGGACUUAUGUUUGGCUCCUUUGAAGUAUUAGCGCUUAAUGUUAUGCUUCCAGACACUAUGCAAAAACCUAUGUUAUCUCUGGCUCUAAUCACCAUAUAUAGACCCCCAGGACCCUAUGUCAAUUUUCUAAAAGAGUUUUCUGAUUUUAUCUCUGACUUACUAGUUAAAACUGAUAAAAUACUAAUUGUAGGAGACUUUAACAUCCCCAUAGAUGAUGCUAACGACACAUUAGGGCUCGCGUUUAUGGACUUACUACAUUCACUAGGGAUAAAGCAAAAUGUUAUUGGUCCAACCCAUUGCCUAAAGCAUACACUAGAUCUAAUACUGUCUUAUGGAAUUGAGGUCAUUAAUGUAGACAUUAUACCACAAAGUGAUGAUAUUACAGAUCACUACCUCCUACUAUAUAAGCUGUGUUUACCUGAAAUUAGCAGAUCCGCUCCGAUAUAUCGUAGAACUAUUGUUCCAUCCACCAAAGAUGAAUUUAUAAAUAACUUACCUGAUCUUUCUCUAUUUCGAAUAGCACCCGCAAGCGCAAAUUACCUUGAUGUAGGAACCAGCAGUAUGGAUGCCAUCUUUACUAGCACUCUAAAUACUGUGGCACCCAUCAAACUAAAAAAGACUAGAGAGAAUAAAACUACACCAUGGUAUAAUAGUCAUACCCGCGCUCUCAAAACAGCAACCCGUGCCCUGGAACGUAAAUGGAAAAAAACUAAUUUAGAAGUCUUUAGAAUUGCGUACAAAGAGAGUAUGUCCAGCUAUAGGAGGGCUUUAAAAUCUGCCAGGGCUGAGCACCUCCGCCAACUGAUAGAAAAUAAUCAUAACAAUCCUAGAUUCUUAUUUAACACCAUUUCAGUGAUAAAUUCAUAGAUUCAUUUUUUCAGUGAUAAAAUAGAAGGCUUUUGACAGAAAAUAGGAGAUAUUAAACUUUCUGCACCGCCUUAUAUUUCAGGUCCAGUAAACAUUCCACUGAAUCAAAAUAACCUACAGUGCUUUAAAAUCAUAGAACAGGAAGAGCUAGAUAAAAUUAUAAAUAGCUCUAAACCAGCUACGUGUAUAUUGGACCCAAUUCCAACAAAAUUGACUGAAUGAACUGAAUGAACUCCCUAACUACAUCAGAACAGCAGAGUCACUUGCUGUCUUCAAGAAACGACUAAAAACGCAACUGUUUAGUCUCCACUUUCCUUCCUAAUCUGCAACUGCCUCUCUGGCUAUACCACUAACUGUGCCCUCUCUCUCUCUCUCUCUCUCUCUC